CCAUGGUUUCCCAGAGGUUCCUUAAUCCUAGCUAUAUGUAAAUUACAGCCAAUAGAUGCUGUUGUUGAGUUGGACCGGGAUUAGUGGAGGCGAAUGAGUUUCAAUUUUACUGGAUUAGCUACAGAACAAAGAAACGGGACACACUCCACUGUUAAAGAAAAUAGAAAAAACGGGGGAAAUAGAAAAAUAAUCUCGGUGAUAACGUUUUGCUAACGAAUUUUGUGCAGUAAUGCUUCAGAUUACAAGGUUUCGAAACCCCGAUAUUAAUGCUAGAUUUUAGAUGGGAAUUCUACCCAGCAAUUUCGGUUGGAUUAAACGGGGAAUAACCAUAUUCCGGGAUUGACAGUGUAAAACAAUUUAAACGUUGAUGUUGGUAAGAAGAGGAAUGGCACAGAUGAGGAAGUCGGGAUGUGACGGGAUAAGGACUAACUCCCGGACUGAGCUGCGGGUCCCACAGGUGUCGGCCAGACAGGAGAUCCUCACCAGCCUAGUGUCUGCGCUGGACUCAGUGUGUACAGCCAUGUCAAAGCUCAAUGCCGAAGUGGCUUGCGUCACAGUGCACGAGGACAGCGUGAUCGCCGUGGGAACAGAAAAGGGAAGAGCUUUCCUCAACUCACGGAGGGAAAUACAAACAGACUUCCACAAGUUUUGCAGGGUGCACUGUCUGCAAGGGCUGACCACAGUGAAUGCCCAUGCCAAAGUCCAGGAGAGUGAAUUCAGCAAGCUUGGUAAAGAGGGCGGGCUCGGCAAACAAAGGGCGUCAACAGAUGCCCACUCUAACAUCUUUGUCUUGAGGAAAAUGGUGGAGGAAGUCUUCAGUGUGCUUUACAGUGAGGCUGUUGGGAAGAGCAAUAGCCUAGUCCCUGUGCCUUAUGAGUGGAUCCUGAAGGACCCCAGCUCUGUGGUGGCCCACGGCCUGCCUGAGGGGAUCGCCCUGAGGAAACCUGCUGAGUAUAACACCAAGACCUUAAUGAAGAUCCUGGAGCAGAGCAACCGCAUCUACUUCACUGUCAAAAGGGGAACGGAGUCGCCUUUGCGCGAGACUAAGUCCAGUGCCGGCAAUGUCAGCAACCACAACUCCUUCUCGGGCACCACCAAGAUCCUAGCCAAACACGGCCCAGCCUCCAAGCCUGCCUCCACCGCCCAGGAAUUGUCCACCGCAUCAGUCUCGGCCAGCAACUCCAUGCUCCACAGCUUCUUGUAUGGCAUGCCCAUGUCCUCCCUGCCGCACCCUGAUGGCAAGCUGGACCUCAAGCCCGCGUCCCUCCUCAACCUGGACAAAGACCGCCUGGGGGCCUGGGUGGCAGGGGCGGAGAAAGGGACGGCCGCCAAGGACAGUUCUGACAAUGGUAAAAUAUAUAACGUGACCCCACAGGAAGAAGCUGUUGCUGAGGUAGCAGAUGAUGGACAUCCAGUACUCCAAGGGGAGUUGGGCCAGAGUCCUCCCAGCAUCCACGUCUCCAAGCGCCUCCUGUUUUCCCUCGUACAUGAGAAGUCAGAAAAAUGGGAUUCGUUCAUUCGAGAGACAGAGGACAUCAACACACUGAGAGAAUGUGUGCAGAUCCUGUUCAACAGUCGCUAUGCGGAGGCCCUGGGCUUGGACCACAUGGUUCCAGUGCCGUACCGGAAGAUAGCCUGCGACCCAGAGGCUAUGGAGAUAAUUGGCAUCCCAGACAAAAUCCCCUUCAAGAGGCCCUGUACCUACGGAGUACCCAAACUCAAACGCAUCCUGGAGGAGCGCCACGGGGUCCGCUUUGUAGUGAAAAGAAUGUUUGAUGAAAGGAUUUUCACAGCUGCUGGUAAGGUGGCCAAGGAGGAGGGGAAGCAUGACAUAAACUCCACCUUUGAGGACGGUUUCCCUGACAACCUCCAGGUCCCGUCGGCUGCACUGGAGCUGGUCACCAAUCCUCACAGCAGCAGAUCUACAAGCUCUUGUGUGAGUCCAUUGGCUGACUGCGAAGCAGGGCCUUCAGGAGAUUGUAUUCCCUUGAAAAAGAUUAAAACGGAACCCCCAGAUGGAGAAAUCAUCCAGGUGACUGUACCAGAUGCCAGUGUUUCAGUGGAGGAGCCAAGUGAGCCUCGGGCUGACCCAGUUGCAGCAGCAUUGUUGGCAGGGGCCACCCCGGCGCAGGCUGCUCCCUGCCGCCCUUUGGAGACCCACGCAGCUGAAGCACUUUCAUCUAAACCAGCUUCUCAAGGCCUCAGAAGAUCUUCUGAAGGAAAUCUAGCUGAGGACAUAGGUGAAAUUAUCCUCCAGCUUCGGAGGCAAGUGGAAAGCCUAUUCAGCACUAAGUAUGCCGAGGCCCUUGGACUACCUGAGUCUGCAAAGGUGCCCUACUCCAAGUUUCAGAUGUACCCAGAGGAGCUGUGUGUCACAGGGCUCCCAGAGGGCAUGACUUUCCGUAGGCCCAACUGUUUCGGAGCGGCCAGGCUGCGAAAGAUCCUGGCUGUUGGCAGCCAGAUCCACUUUGUUAUCAAAAGGCCAGAACUGUUGACAGAUCUUGUCAAGCUAGAACCGCCUCCACUCCCAGCCUGUGAUUCAGACUUUUUUUCCACAGACCUGGACUCCAAAGAUGCUUUGUCAGAAGACGUAGGGGCUGCAAUGCAGAGACCAAGCUUCCCAGAUAGCUUAGAGGCCAAGCUGUCUAGGAUCGACCUGGCCAACACCCUGAGAGAGCAGGUCCAGGACCUAUUCAACCGGAAGUAUGGGGAGGCACUUGGCAUCAAAUACCCCGUCCAAGUGCCUUACAAGAGGAUCAAGAGCAACCCGGGCUCGGUGAUCAUCGAGGGCCUGCCCCCUGGCAUCCCCUUCAGGAAACCCUGUACCUUUGGCUCACAGAACCUGGAGAGGAUCCUGGCAGUUGCAGACAAGAUCUGCUUCACCAUCACCAGACCUUUCCAAGGACUCAUCCCUAAACCAGCACCUCGUCGGAUCACUUUAUUGAAGAAGGCCUAUGCCUCAAUAAGCGAUGAGGAAGAGGUCAACUGUAUCGGUGAGAAAGUGAUACUUCGCGAGCAAGUGAAAGAACUCUUCAACCAGAAAUAUGGUGAUGCUUUGGGCCUGGACCACUCUGUCCUGGUCCCAUACAAGCUGAUCCGUGCCAGUCCCGAGUCUGUGGAGGUUAGUGGCCUUCCGGAUGAUAUUCGCUUCAGAAAUCCCAACACUUACGACUUAGUCCGCCUGGAAAAGAUUCUUCAAGCCCGAGAUGAGAUCAACAUCAACAUCAAAAGCCAGCUACAGCCUUUUGCAGAAAUAUGCACCGAAACAUGUAACACAGAAGGGAAAGAGGUUUCUACCAAUCGACGCAAACGCAAAAGAGUCCUGGAGAGCAGCCGGGUAUCCUUACCCUCCGAGUCAGUGGUAUCAACCAAUCAGAUUCCAGUGAUGCAAUGGCCCAUGUACAUGGUGGACUACAGUGGAGUGAAUGUGCAAGUCCAUGGGAAGGUGAAAUACUAGUAGAGGAAAAAUAUGCUAUGCUACAGGAAGAGAAUAGACAUGAGAGGACUUUAUCAAAGCUGUACUUAUAACCACAUCUCCAAGUUUCAGCUUUGCGUGUGUGCUGUUGCUUAAAUACUCUUCUGACUGAAAAUAUAGGUUUGGAUGUGUGUUUUGGAAUGGUGGCGAUUGCCAAUAUUAGGUGGCUUGGGUGGAAAGGUGAGGAGGAACUAUAGAAUCUGUGCAUCAUUUGUUGCAGGAUGCUUUCUUUUAUUUUGUCUUCCCCCACAAGUCCUGAUGGGCUUUCUUGAUACACCUAUUUCAGAAGUGCUUAAAAAAAACGCUAUUCAAACCGACUGGGGUUAUGUUAUGGCACUAAGCUUAUGGAACUCACAAUUACUGAAGUACUCACCCUUUUAGAUAAUUUUUAUCAGAUCCAACAUGGAGACUUUCGUUACGGGGUGUAACUACGGCACAAAUGUAUUGGAUCAAUCUGGUUUUACAACAUUCAGAUAUUUGUGAUUAUUUAUUUAUUUAUUUUGAAGAUGGGAAGAAAAAAAACAUGUGCAGGGAUGUAAAUUACAAUGUUCAGUAAUCUAAGUACUGAAUCAAAUGUCUCUACAAUGCUAACUACUACUGUAUGUAACUCAAAAAGUAUAUCAAUUGAAAUAUGUUUGCCUUCAGGUGUGCGUACAGGUAUUCUCCGUGGUAGGAAUAACCCAAGGUGAUAGCACUAUAUCUAAGAACAAUUUUCAUAUUUUGUAUAUCUACAUGGCUUUUCUUUUAUCACAGUACUUGUACAUGGAGUUGAGAUUUCUCAACUCUGCUUUUCUUAUGUUUGUUCCACAUCUGCGCUAAGUUGAAAUGUCUCAUUAAGUCAACAUGAAUGUAACGUGUGUAAAAGAAAGAAUGGUCUGUGUUAUCCUGUAACGAUUGUCUCUGGAUUCACCAGUAUUUAUAUGCUGUACCUUAAUGCCAUUUAGGCCUUUGAAAUAAAAUGUGUUGCCUUGCACUUUCA